AUUGAUCACACAGUUAUUGAAGAAUGAAGUUCAAUUUAGCGAUAUAAUCGCCCGAAAAAGGUUAUAAACAUUUUAAAACGACAAAACAGCCGAUGCAUGCUUUUGUUUGGAUUUAAUUUGACAAAAAAUGAAGGCCGAAAAAGCUGAACAUCCGAUUUGAAGUAUUGUCAUUUAGGACUUUAAAAACCCUUUUUUAGCUUAUUGUCGUUUUAUCGUAUUGCUUUACUUCCCUCUAAUGGCAUGCCACAUAGAGGGCAUCAAAAAUCUUAUUAAAUAUGGAACUAAGCUCUGAUUUCAUUUUUUAGAACAAAUUUCUAAAGGGUUCUUUUGGAGCAAUACAUAUGACACAAGAAUAUCACGAAUAAAAGACCUCGAUUUAGCACCCAAUGUGACACUUUCUGAUUCAAUAUUUAAAAAAUCCCAGAUUGAAAUAUCGAAAGCCGUUAUUACCAACUAAAACAGAAAUAAAAUAUUCCAUACAGUGAACAUUGCAUUCAUUUAGCAUUUGCCGGAAACGUGUUUUGAGCAUAAUUCCAAUAAUUCCAAUAAAAAUAGAAAUGCAUAAAAUUAGUUUAUCUAAUGAAGAAAAAAUGUUGGAGAUAACAUGUAAUCCUGAGCCUUAGAGGUCAGUUAAAAGCGUCAUGACAGACUGCCGGUAAAGUUGAUAGCAUUAUAUACUACUUCAAGUCAGCCUAGAAAACUUUGGUUCCACGGGCGGUUUUUCGAUGAAUAAAAGAAAAUUUCAAAACGGGAAAGGAGUCUGACGAUUACGAGGUAACAUGAACAACACAACACUAUCGACAACUCAAGGAAAUGCUUACUCGGGCCUUUUCGCCUGGGCCACAGUAUUUGGUGCUGUUGCAGUAGCCGUGGUGAGCGGUAACUCACUCAUUAUCUCCGCUUUUGCUGUAAAUAAGAAACUUCUGCACACGCGUACCAACUACUUCCUGGUGAGCUUAGCACUGGCCGACUUGCUCGUGGGAUCCUUUUCCAUUCCAAUGUAUGUUUAUGACAUAUUCGCAUACCUGGAAAAGCGCAAGUCGUCUUUGCACAAUAUUUACUAUGCGAUAGACAUUUUUACGAGCUUUGCUUCGAUUUUCGCCUUGGUUUUGGUAGCAAUGGAGCGGGCAUUCUCUGUAUAUUUCCCUCACAAACACCGACUUCUUCAACGGAAAGUUUACUUCGUUCUGAUUGGCUGCACGUGGAUUAUAUCCAGUUGGCUAGCGUCGUUACGUUUCUUCAGUGGUCACAAARAGGACAAGAAUCUAUUGACAACAUUCUCCUACUUGAUGAUGACCUUUAUAUUCUUUUCACUCACGUUAAUAACAGCUGCAUACACCGCAAUAUGGCGUCGAGUAAAUGCCCCAAAUCACUCUCUACACAAGUCUCGAACACUCCACGAGAGCCGACUYGCAAAAACGUUAAUCAUAGUAACUUGCGCGUUUUUCUUCUGUUGGCUCCCAUUUUACAUCAUCAGCAUUGUUAUAUUUUACUGUCAGUCAUGUUAUCAUCUACAAGUAGUUUACUGCAGCAAACUGCUACAUUACAGCAACUCCUUGGCGAAUGUUCUCAUAUAUACACUGAGAAUUCGCGAGUUUAAGCACACAAUUCUACGUAUAUUCUGUCGAGAACCUCGCAUUUCUUUGCCUAAAAUCCCAACACCGAGGUACGAGCUGGCGUUCGAUGGUCACGCUUUCCAUGAAAUCAACACACCUAAUGAAAUACACCUACUACACAUUAACGACGUCGAGUCGGCAUCACCCAAAGAACAGGAUUCUGGGAAGGUAGCUGAUACUCCCCCUGAACUGUGCAAACCCAGCGGAGAGCAGAACGUAAAAAAGUACUGGACUUAUAUAUAAUCUUCUUUAGCAAUGUCUAGUCUUCUUUCUAGCUACAUGUAAAUAAAAAUUCUGGUUGUGUAAAUAAAUAGUGCGUAUUACUCUAAGGACUACAAAAUUCAAAUCAGUUUUUAUCACAAGAUAAUAAGUUCGAACAGUGAAACCAGGAAUGGAAUCAGGUUCAAGGGUUUGAUCAAAGAUGUACUACAAAGUUGGACAAACUUUACACAAAAAUGGCUCCGUCAAUAAAGAAAUGGUGCUAUCGCCUGAAUUCUUCUCAUUAAAAAGUACUCCGUGAAUCGAU